AAUUUCCGGUCAGGCUUUGACGAGACGACCAGCGGCGCAACGAAUAGGCUUAGAUUAGGAGGAGGAGGAGAAGGAGGCGAGGAGUAAAUAGUGCGUCCCUCAGUUCAGAGUAACCAGGCUUACGUGCAGUUGUCUUAUCCGAAUAAAACCUUGAUACAGUUUCCCCCCACGGAGCUUCAAUUUUUUCGACAAAUCGCGGGGACUGACCGUUUCGUUUCGUAGCUUUCGGUCGGCUUUGAACGAUGCAUUCCCUCUCAGUGAUAUCUGUCCUAAUUUUGGGCAUCGCCGUUCCAGCUUUAGCGGGCUACAUUGAGGCGCUGGCUGCCAAUGCAGGCACCGGCUUCGCUGUGGCCGAACCGCAGGUCGCCAUGUUCUGCGGGAAGCUCAACAUGCACGUGAACAUCCAGACAGGCCGCUGGGAGCCCGACCUGUCCGGCACCAAGACGUGCAUGGGCAGCAAGGAGGCCUUACUGCAGUACUGCCAGGAGAUGUACCCCGAGCUUCAGAUCACAAACGUGGUGGAGGCCAAUGAACCAGUGAAGAUUGAAAACUGGUGCAAGAAGGAUAAAAAGCAGUGCAAGGGCCACACACACAUCGUGGUGCCUUUCAAGUGCCUGGUGGGCGAGUUUGUGAGUGACGUCUUGCUGGUACCAGAGAAGUGCAGAUUCUUCCACAAGGAAGGCAUGGACGUCUGCGUGAGCCAUCAGCAGUGGCACGGGGUCUCUAAGGAGGCUUGCGCCAAGAGCGGUAUGGUCCUGCAUAGCUACGGCAUGCUGCUCCCCUGCGGCGUCGACAAAUUCCACGGCACGGAGUACGUGUGCUGCCCCCCCACCCACGCCGAGAGGCCCGCCCCACAGCCGCAGCCGUCUCAAGAGGAGGAAGACGAGGAGGGCGACAAGGAUGACGACGAAGAGGACCUGAUGGAGCUGGACGAGGAUGAGGACGAAGAUGAAGAGGAGGAGAGUGAGACCCCAGCUCAGGAACAACCAACUCGGAAGGUCGAGGAAGUGGAGGAUGACGAAGAUGAGGGAGAUGAAGAGGAGGAUGAGGAGGAGGAAGAAGAGACGGACUACGCAGACUAUGAGGGAGACAACGAUGAAGAGAAGGAGUCAAAGGAAAAGAACAGAGAGAGCCCACCUGCAGACUCAUCACUGCAGGAGGUCAAAGCCGUGUGCUCCCUCCCCGCCGAGACGGGGCCGUGCCGCGCCUCCAUGCCACGCUGGCACUUCGACUUGAGUCGGAAGAGAUGCGUGCGCUUUGUGUACGGGGGCUGUGCCGGCAACCGGAACAAUUUCGACUCUGAGGAGUACUGCAUGGAGGUCUGCAGGCUGAUGAUCCCGCCCACCCCUCAGCCCACCGACGAGGUGGACGUGUAUUUCGAGACGCCGGCCGACGACAAGGAGCACAGCCGCUUCCAGAGGGCCAAGGAGCAGCUGGAGAUCCGGCACCGCAACCGCAUGGAGAGGCUAAGGAAGGAAUGGGAGGACGCUGAACUGCAAGCGAAGAACCUCCCCAAGACGGAGAGGCAAACUCUGCUCCAGCACUUCCAAGCUAUGGUGGAGUCUCUGGAAGAGGAAGCAGCCAGUGAAAAGCAGCAGCUGGUGGAGACCCACCUGGCCCGCGUGGAGGCUAUGCUGAACGACAGGCGCCGCAUAGCGCUGGAGAACUACCUGGCAGCCCUGCAGGCCGACCCCCCCAGGCCCCAUCGCAUCCUGCAGGUGCUCCGGAGAUACGUCCGCGCCGAGAAUAAAGACCGCCAGCACACCAUCCGCCAUUACCAGCAUGUGCUGGCCGUCGACCCCGAUAAGGCCGCCCAGAUGAAGUCCCAGGUGAUGACCCACUUGCACGUGAUUGAGGAGAGAAUGAACCAGAGCUUGUCGCUGCUGUACAAAGUCCCGUAUGUGGCUGAGGAGAUCCAGGAUGAAAUCGAUGAGCUCCUACAGGAGCAGAAGGCAGACAUGGACCAGUUCCUGUCCUCUAUCUCCGAGUCCCAGCCCGACGUGACGGUGUCCUCAGAGGUGACUGUGGCUCGGGCCGGCUUGGAAGGAGAACCUUACCGGCCCUUCCAGGUCGACACGCUGGGUUCUCGGCAGGUGAUCGAGGGUCCACUUCCCGAUUCCCCACGCGCCAUCAAGAAAGGGUCUGGGAUCUCAGGCCUCGACGGGCUGAUCGGUGCCGAGGAGAGAGUCAUUAACAGCAAGGGGAAGAUGAACAACGACGUGGUGAUUGAUGAGUCUCUGGAUGUUAAAGAGGUGAUUUACAGUGCAGAGAGAGUCAACAGUGUGCAUGAUGAUGAGCUGGAAUCAUACCGGCCCCUGGGGGAGGAGUUUAGCUUUGGGAGCAGUGCUCUGAUUGGUCUGCUGGUAAUUGUUGUGGCCAUAGCGACAGUGAUUGUGAUCAGCCUCGUCAUGCUACGGAAGAGGCAGUAUGGCACCAUCAGCCAUGGUAUCGUGGAGAUUGAUCCCAUGCUGAGCCCAGAGGAGCGCCACCUGAAUAAGAUGCAGAACCACGGCUAUGAAAACCCCACCUACAAAUACCUGGAGCAGAUGCAGAUCUAGCUCAGGGAGCCAGGGGGCGCUGUGGAGCAGAGAGAAGAGCAGUCGAGGGCAAACAUACCACUAAACAAUAACAAUACUGUCCAAAAAAUAUUCUUCCUACAUGACGAUUGCAAAUUGUGUCACAUUAUAAACCUUAAUAAAAUCUAAGUAAUGCUACUAUGGUUUUAUCGUAGAACAGGUUACUUUUGUCCUCCCCCCUCUAAAAAGACAGCGUAACCAUUUAAGACUCUUGUGGAAUGUGAUUUGACAAAUUAUUCAACAGUGAAUGUUUCCAGAAUAAGGAAAAUUACUCAACUUGGGUUCAUUCAGUAUGUCGGGGUUUUUAAAUUGCCAGACCAAGUGUGCAAUUGGUUCACAACAACUAAAUGUAAUUUAAUAAGUUGUUUAAAAUUGUCAAAAUGUCUAAACCUAGAUUUUAAGGUUUUUUCUUUUCAUUUUAAUAGAUUGCUUGUAUAUGAAGGUUCUUUGUACUGAUUUUAAUGUAUAGUGAAACAAAAAGGGUUUUAUUUUUUCCAUUCUUUGCUAUUAACUACAAACUAAUGUAUUUCUUAAUACAAAUAGGUGUUACUUCAUUCCUCCUUUCCCCUCUCCCUAAAAAAGCUGAUGUGUAGGAUGCUGACUCAGCUUUUCUAUGUAGGAUGUGAUGGUAUCGAUAGGAACACCUCGGGGAGCGUGUAUGUGUGCGAGUCGAUGGGGCCGCACAGCCCUCCAACCUCAAGCUCCCUUACCAAGCACAGGCAAACGGAAGCCCUGUGACAUCACUCCUGAGCAUGACACUCCACUUCCUAUUCCGUUUGGAUGGUGACAGCUGCGUCUCCCUCAAAUGAUUUGCCAUUUGUUCAGUUUCAGUGAAACUGAUUCAUAAGGACCCUGGAAUAGAGGAAAUGAGGGAGGUUCUCGAUUUAAAAGACAUUUUCUGGCCCGACACAGUCUUGUGUGAAUAUAUCAGUGCCAACACUGGCAGCCAUAACAUUUUCAGUUCUCUGGUGAAAGAACGGCAACGAAAAAGCACCAUAGCACUGCACAUGUAUCACUUUAAAUUAUAAGCUCAUUAAUUUCUGUAUAAUACAGGGUGGAGCUCUAAUAUAUAACAAAUAAGAAAUUUACCGUUGGUUAUGUCUGGCAAAGGGUCAUUGAGGGCUGGAGGCCUGUACAGACCAACAGUCAGGCCCAGUCAGCAGGUCUAACGGAGGCACAACCCGUUUCCCAUGUAAAUGAUGCAAAGAGAGAACUGAAUUUCUUUUCACACAUAAUAAUGUCUUUGUAUGCCUGUAUAGUUGAUGUCGCUGUCGUGGCUUUUAUGGAAGACAACCUGUGGUGUGCAUUGUUCUUAUGACCUAUAUAUAUAUAUAUAUAUUUUCCAGAUUUGUUUUCUUUUUUAUUUCCUAUUCUGGAUUCUGUUCCCUUCCCGUGGCAGUACCUCCUAUGUAUGUGGCUGUCUCACUAUGCACCAAAAUGGCUUAAAACCUUGUAAGUACCUGUUUAGUUGCAGGAGGAGUAAGAAUGAUUACAAAUAUACAUACAUUUUAAAAUAAAGCAAAAUUAUGUUGAUUGCAGAGGUGGGGGCGCAUCAAUAAAUUCACUUUCUUCCAUA